GCUCCUUUAAGGGAAGUCUGACGCUGCGGCACACGUCACCACGCCGCUCGUAGAGGCUUAUGGGAAGUCUCUUCAUAAACACUGCCAGUGGCUAGUAUUCGGUAAGCCUGCAAAGUUCCCCUUUGCGCGUUUCAUCGCCACCGGCGAAUGCUGUGGUUGCUUCUCCCCUCGCCGUCGAGAGGAGUGCGGUGUCCAGUUCAGAUCUAGGAGAUGUGGACCAUUUCUUGUCCUCGUUGUGAUUCCAACUUGGCGUCUCUUACUUGGCUAGAGUGAUCUCUUGCUUCUCCACUGGCAAGGACUUCGGUGGACAAUACCAACGGUUACCUUGCGCCUUUCCCGUCUCCUGCACGCCGGUAUGUAUUAUAGUGGGUUAGCUUGUGCCUUUACCCAGCCCUGACUGUUUGUUUUCGUACCAUGGUUGCUAACGACGGCCAUUAUUAUGGUUUCAGCGUGUGGUCGCUACCGGCGCCUCGGCCGUGUACCUCUGUAUUGGCACUCCGACUGUGAGAAUCGCGCAUCGGUGCACCCUCAUCUCCGGGUAAGGUAACCUCUCGGCAGCAGAAUCGUGUGAUAGUGGGUGUCCUGCUAGCUUGGCUAACGCUCUCCUCCUCCCUCGCAGGUUGUAUCCGUGUGGCCGUGGUCAGACACACCACGCGUUUAGGUGCACGAGCGGCGACUUUUAGCCCCGGUUGUGUGGUGCCUCUGGAAGCCGGGAACCCGUAUCUCGGCUGCUGCUCCGGCCUCGGGAAAUUGGACAUUCGUGUGUGUGUGUGUGUGUGUGUGGGCGCUCGGCUCGGUGUGAGCUGGUGUGUGAGCCAUUCCACAGUGUGUGUGCGUGUGCUUACGUUGGUGCGUGUGAGUGUGUGUGUGUAGGCAGUGAUGAGUGAGUGUGGGGAUACCUAGGGGACUGCACUGAGCUGAGCCUCUGGGGUUGGUUUACCUCAUGUUUUGAUUUUCGUUUUUCUUUCGUUUGCUGUGCCUAAUUUCCUUUUUUUUUCAUUAUUUCAUUCCAUUAUCUAAUUUCUUAUUUAACUGCAUGAUUUUGAUUUAUUUUGCAUGGUUUGCUGUGAUUUCUUGUUGUUUCUGUUUGCCGUGAAUUAUUUUUGUUUGUUGUGAACGAUUUCUUUACUUUUUCUUUUGUUAAUCCUGAGGUGUGCCAUUCGCCCUAUUGUGUUAGCCGUGCCAGCCCCUAGUGGCACAGUCUGACAACCUGAGUGUGGGUUCUGAGGCCUUAGGCCUACCAGGUGUGUUGUUUAUUGUGAACUAGCGAACAUACUUUGGGGCAGGUGUUUACAGAUCCGCGGGUGUGGUGGCAGCACGCCCACCCCUGCACUUUACGAAUUGUGAGUAACUUUUUAUACGGGUGUGGUGGCAGCACGCCCACCCCUGCACUUUACGAAUUGUGAGUAACUUUUUAUAUUUAUUACAGAGUGACAAACAUAUUUUUAUACUGAAAAUAAUAAUAAAGAUUUGAAUUAUUAAUUGUCACCACUGUCUCUGCCUCCAUUGUGCACGAACCUGUGUUUGCCUGGUAAUCUAUUGUGCGGGUACAUUGUGUGUUGGUCCGGGGUAUCUGUAACUACCCCUAACUCAUUUCCUCCGGGGGCUCCACCCCCGGGGGUGGCGUAGUCGAACUACUUCCUGUAACGGUCUCGCCCACUACAUUUUGGCUUAUAGUCGGGCAGGAUUGGCAUAGGAGCAGAGACACUGGUUUCAUUUUUUUAGGUUUUUGUUUUGUCACUCUUUGUAAUAGAAAUUUGUCAUAUGGUCAAUGGUUGAAUGAGUGUAUGUAUGUGGUUGGUUGAAAGUGAGAGCACCACUGAAUAAGCGCUGCGAGUUUGUGUUUUUCCUGUAGAAGCGGAGCAGCAGCCGAGGUUGGGAGACCGCCCCUCUCUCGAGAUUUGGACCAGCCAUCCCUGUGAGUUUUUGCAUUUUCCAAAUUUGUCUUGAUCGGUUUCCGCAGCAUGUCGCGGGACGCACAAGAGAUUAGGGAUGAGUUGGCUGAGGUAAGAGCCGAGAAUGAGCGCUUAAAGGCCUCCCUCGCCCAGCGGGCCACAAGUACGAGCACAGUAAAUGGUAGCGCCCCGGCAGGGUCCGCUACAGAACGUUUGGUCUUUGUCCCAAGGGAAAAGAAGUGCCCAUUGUUUAGGGGAAAUGGGGGCAUAAGUAUCGAGGCGUGGAAGGAGGAGGCGGAGGCAUGUAUGCGGGCGCGCCAUUUUUCUGCUGCCGAGAGAGCCUAUUUUCUUUACGAUCACUUGGAUGGCGAGGCACGGGAUGAGAUCCGCUAUAGGCCGAGAGAAGAAAAAGAAAACCCAGAGAAAAUUUUUGAAAUUUUACAAGAGCUUUACGGUUGCCCACAGUCAUACGUGGCCUUGCAGGAGGCGUUCUUUUCGAGAAAACAGCAAGAGGGAGAGACGCUGCUAGAGUUUUCAAUCGCAUUAAUGACCCUUAUUGAUAAGGUUAGACGAAAUGCGCCUGAGGGAAUUCUUAACGCUGACGUUCUUCUGCGUGAUCAGUUUGUGGAGCAUGUUAACGAGGGCGCCUUGCGUCGUCACUUGAAGAGUUUCAUUCGGACCACGCCGUUAGCCACUUUGAUCGCGGUGCGUAAGGAAGCCAUGCGUUGGGAACGGGAGGGCGCCGCCGAACCGCAGCGGCCGCGUAGCUUUUCCUUAUCUUCACUCGAUCGCUCCCUUGGGGUCCCUGGUACCUCUUGCGCCGUAAGCAUGGAUCCCCGUGGUGGGGCGCCGACCAGAUCUGAUAUGGAGAAGUUGCAGGCUGACAUGGCGAAGCUCAUGGAAAUGGUGCAAAAUCAACAGGCUCAGUUGCAGCAUCUUUCUCGGGGUGCGGCCACACAGGGGGAGCCACGGAGGCGAGGUCGGUCUCCUCGGGAGGGACCCCUUGCCUGCUGGCGCUGUCGUGCGAUAGGCCAUAUUGCUGCGGAUUGUGACGGAGAACGAGUGGUGGGGCCCCCACAAGCACCCUCCCGUAGAGGCUCCGGGUUUUCGGAGAACGGGCCCCUCCAACCGAACCAGCCCUCGGGAAACUGACGCCCACCGGACUGAGG